AUGGGACCCACUGCCCUCAGGAGACUGAUGACCGAAUACCGCGAACUCACCCUCCACGCUCCUGAGGGUAUCACCGCCGGCCCUACGACAGAGGAGAACUUUUUCGAAUGGGAAGCCCUCAUCGAGGGACCUCAGGAUACGCCAUACGAGGGAGGCAUCUUCCCCGCCACAUUGACCUUCCCCAAGGAUUACCCCCUCUCGCCUCCCAUUAUGAAGUUCACCUGCGAGAUGUUCCACCCUAACAUCUACCAAGAUGGCACGGUCUGUAUUUCGAUCCUUCACGCUCCAGGAGAUGACCCUAACAUGUACGAGUCCAGCUCGGAGCGCUGGAGUCCUGUCCAGAGUGUCGAAAAAAUUCUCCUCUCAGUCUUGAGCAUGCUGGCCGAGCCCAAUGAUGAGAGUGGCGCCAACAUCGAAGCAUGCAAAGUUUGGCGUGCAGACAGGAAGCACUUUGACGAAAUUGUGCGGAGCACUGUCAGGAAAACUCUGGGCUUGUAA